AUGGAAUACCAAAAUAAAAUUAUAAUCGUGGAUGUUUGCUCAAAUGGAGUGCUGAUUUAUGAUAUUUUAAAGAAUAAUUAUUCUGAUGUUAAUAGUUUUUAUAUAAAGCAGAACUGCUAUAAAUUGAUUCUCAAAGGGAAUGGACGGUUAUUUCUGAUCGAAUUUGGGCUAAAUAUUUAUGAAAGUAGGCCUAGGGAUCCUUGCUUUUGAAAAAUUAUUGGAACUAAUACACUGCCGAAUUGUUGUAUACAAAGUUUCUAUAAAUAUGUCUAUACUUUAUCAUGUAUAGCUUGCAAGAUAUUCAGGAAAUGUAGUAUAUAGAUUCUUCUAUUUGUCAAUAUAAAGGCAGCAUUUAUUUUUUAGUCAAUUCUCAAUUAUGAAAAUUCAAUAUCAAGCCAAAAAAUAUUGAGAUAGCAGAUGAAGAUCCUUUUAAAACAACUGAUAGUUUUCAAAUGAGAUAG